CGGCUCACCGGCUCAGUCGACAAAAGACUGCGUGCCGCGCGCGUGCGUAUAGCGCGCGAGUCAUGCGCGCCUAGACACCAUGCUCGUGCCGCCGGAGAUGAUGGCCGCGCAAUCCAAGCUCGUCUACCAGAUGAACAAGUACUACAACGAGCGCGUCGCGAGCAGGAAGGCUCAGAUCGCCAAGACCAUUCACGAGGUCUGCAGGAUCGUGCAGGAUGUCCUCAAGGAGGUGGAGCUGCAGGAGCCACGCUUCAUCUCCUCGCUCACCGACUACAAUGGACGCUUCGAUGGCUUGGAAGUGGUUUCGCCGCAUGAGUUCGAAAUAGUCAUAUAUUUGAAUCAGAUGGGAGUGCUAAAUUUUGUGGAUGAUGGAUCUCUGCCCGGCUGCGCCGUGCUCAAGCUGAGCGAUGGCCGCAAGCGCUCCAUGUCCCUCUGGGUGGAAUUCAUCACCGCUUCCGGAUAUCUUUCGGCGAGAAUCCGCUCGCGCUUCCAAACACUCGUAGCGCAGGCGUGCGACAAAUGUUCCUACCGGGACUGCGUCAAAAUGAUCGCAGAAACAACUGAAGUCAAACUCCGAAUUCGGGAACGAUAUGUGGUUCAAAUAACUCCAGCCUUCAAAUGUGCCGGCUUGUGGCCACGCUCUGCUGCACACUGGCCGCUCCCAGCAAUUCCUUGGCCGCACCCAAACAUAGUUGCCGAAGUCAAAACGGAAGGUUUCGACCUACUGUCAAAGGAGUGUCUCGCGCUGCAAGGAAAGAACUCGGCCAUGGAAGGCGAUGCGUGGGUUCUAAGUUUUUUGGAAGCGGAAAACCGUUUAUUGCAAGGCGGUUGCCGACGGAAGUGUCUUAGCACAUUGAAGACCAUCCGCGAUCGGCAUUUGGAUCUCCCCGGGAACCCGGUGACUUGUUAUCACAUGAAGACUUUGCUGCUGUAUGAAUGCGAGAAGCAUCCUCGCGAACAUGAAUGGGACGAGGCCGCUAUCGGUGACCGUAUAAACGGGAUAUUUUUGCAGCUGAUAUCGUCGCUGCAGUGCCGGCGGUGCCCGCACUAUUUCCUGCCUCACGUCGACCUGUUCAAAGGCAAGUCGCCGACGGCGCUCGAAAACGCCGCGAAGCAAGUGUGGCGCCUCACGAGGGAGAUGCUCACCAACUCUCGAGCUUUUGACAAACUCUGAGGCGCAGAGGCCAAUUCGGACGAUCACAUUCGUUAAGUGUGUGCAUUAGUGCAAACCGCUAGACAUCGAGUCAUUUUUAGUAGAUUUAGAGGACCGUUAAGAGUGUAUCCAAUAGGAGUGUGUACGGACUAGUGCGAGUGCUUCUCGAAUAUUCCAUUUGGAUCAGACUGUAAGUAGAAGUGAUACUAUCUAGACUAGGCCUUUCAACUAUUAUUUGUGAUAUAAUGUAAAUAGCUUAGUUGUUGUACAAUUUUAUUGAUAUUUAAUUUAAAAGAUACCGUGUAUUUAUUUGACUGAAGAAUCUCUAAGUAGGUAAAAAUAUAUAUAAUUUACAAUAAAUAAUUUGGAAAUAUA